AUGGGUUCUUCAAAGGGUCUACAGCCUCUACGCUCUGCUUCCAAGACUCUGAAUGCUCUGCCCGCAGCCUAUGCUGGCGCGCAGAUUGCAUCAAGACGGUAUGCGGGGACGCUCGCCAACUUCAAGAUUCCCACUGUCAACAACGAGCCUAACCAACACUACACCAAAGGCUCAGUAGACCGCCAGAAGCUCCAAGAUGCGGUUGCACGUAUGAAGAAGCAAGGUCCAGUACAAGUACCUCUUGCUGUAGGAGGAGAAUACAUCAACAACUCUUCGAUCCUCACUCAGAACAACCCCUCCUCACACGCCGAUGUCAUCGCCAAAUACUCCAAUGCUAGCGCAGCCGACGUAAAGAAAGCCAUAGAUGCAGCACUAGCUGCUAAGCCAGCAUGGGAGGCACUUCCAUUCGCUGAGCGUGCAUCGGUGUUUCUCAAGGCAGCAGAUCUGAUCUCCACAAAGUACCGGUACGAAAUCAUGGCUGCGACUAUGGUGGGACAAGGCAAGAACGCAUGGCAGGCCGAGAUUGACGCAGCGGCUGAGCUUUGCGACUUCUUGAGGUUCAAUGUCAAGUACGCGGAAGACACAUACGGACAUCAGCCAACACACAACUCACCGGGAGUCUGGAACCGCGUUGAGUACCGUCCUCUUGAGGGUUUCGUCUACGCAGUAUCACCUUUCAACUUUACAGCCAUUGGCGGUAACCUUCCUGCAGCUCCAGCUCUGAUGGGCAACGUCGUUGUCUGGAAGCCAUCCCCAUCCGCAAUUGCGUCGAACUGGCUUCUUUACCAGAUUCUUAUCGAGGCCGGCCUCCCACCAAACGUGAUCCAGUGGGUACCUGGUGAUGCUGUGGAAGUGACCCAGGAAGUCCUGGCUCACAGGCAAUUCGCGUCUCUACACUACACUGGCAGCACAGCAGUCUUCCGUCAGUUGUAUGGCAAGAUUGCCAACGGUGUGGCUGAGGGCAAAUACCAGAGCUACCCAAGGAUCGUCGGAGAAACUGGAGGAAAGAACUUCCAUCUUAUCCACAAGGAUGCUGAUAUUCCCAACGCAGCUAUCCAGACUGUCCGUGGUGCUUUCGAAUACCAAGGCCAGAAAUGCAGUGCGUGUUCGCGCCUGUACGUACCAGAGUCUGCGUGGCCAGAAUUCAAGGAAAUCCUUGUACGUGAGGUCGAAGCCCUGAAGAUCGGCGAGCCUACGGACUUCUCAAACUUCAUCGGCCCUGUCAUCCACGAGGCAUCUUUCAAGAAGCUCUCCGGUGUCAUUGACGAAGCAAAGAACGACAGUGAUCUCGAGCUCGUCGUUGGCGGCAAGUACGACAGCAGCAAGGGUUACUACAUCCACCCCACCAUCUACCGCACCAAGAACCCCAACCACCCUCUCCUGUCUCGCGAACUCUUCGGUCCCAUCCUUGUGACCUACGUCUAUGAUGACGCCGCGCCUGACGCUUUCUCCAAGAUCAUCAAGCAGAUCGACAAGACUUCCGAGUACGCGUUGACUGGUGCCGUGUUCGCAAAGGACAGGGAGACCAUCAAGUAUGCGUCGGACAAGCUGAGGGACACUGCUGGUAACUUCUACAUCAACUGCAAGUGCACAGGUGCGGUUGUCGGACAACAGCCAUUCGGUGGAUCGAGGGCUAGCGGAACGAACGACAAGGCUGGCAGCGCGACUCUGUUGUCGAGAUUCGUAAACAUGAGGGCGGUCAAGGAAGAGUUUUUGCCUACUGAGAAGGUUACGUACCCCAGCAACGAGGUGUAAGAUAGUUAUUGGAAAGACGAGUGUGAUCUAAAAGCAUGGCAAGUUGAGCUAGCAUUGGCGUUGGCGUUGGAUGGGCACUCACGAUUACGAUAAAACGUAAAGAUAUGUAUAUGAAAUCAGAAUGACACAAGCUAGAUGUCGGAAGUUAUGAUACAAUUCAUCACAAGUGGGAAUGGCAUGUGAUUGAACAAAAAGU